CCAUAGUACUUUUUGUCUGAAACUUAACUUCUAGACAUCGAUGAAUGCAGCGCUCAGCCAAGCCCAUGUCAACAGAUUUGCAUCAACACAGUCGGAAGCUUCACUUGUUUAUGUAGACCUGGAUUCGUCGUAAAUACAAUGGACCCAACAAAGUGUGAUGCUCCAACGGAUUCUGAUUCUCCUUAUGGAGACUGUGUUCCGUUAACAAGUGAAAUAAUUAAAACCCGAAACGUAACAUCAGCCCUGAAAUGCUACUCAGUUUGUAGGAUAGAACAAUGCUACUCUUUCAAGUUUGCCAAUGGUCUGUGUACAAUCAAGCUCUAUGCUGGGGAGCCUGUAGAUUUUAGUCAAAAUGUAGUUGCAGGAUCAUUUAUCUCAUGCUACAAUGAAAACUUUUUGUCUAGUCCAGCCCUUCAAUUCAUUAAUGGUGUCUUCUUCUUUCUUAAUUAUACUGCACGGGAUAUUCUUAUUUAUAAUGACUCUGACUUCAUCCAACUUUUCAUUCUGGAUUUGGCACCAUAG